AUGGGGAAUGAAUUGGAAGAGUCACUGGAAGACUUGGUAGUGGGGACGGCGAUGACCCCCAAGCCUGCCGGGACCCUGGACGGAAGCCCGGACGGGGGCUGGGGCUGGGUGGUGGCGGCCGCGGCCUUCCUGAAGAGGGGCUCUCCUACGGGGCUGCUGCGCUCCCUGGGCCUGGCCCUCCCCGACAUCGCUGAGCACUUCGGCCGGACCUCUCAGGACACGGCGUGGGUCAGCGCCCUGGCCCUGGCCGUGCAGCAGGCAGCCAUGACUUUAUUUUUAAUAAAACGUGCCUAUACAGACAACAUGUCAGUUUCAGAUGCACAGCACAGGGCUUCCGCGUUUGCAUCCCUAACCAAGUGACCCCAGUCCUCUGCGUCCGCAGGCGCCGGCUGGGCCCUGGCGUUCGCCCCUGCCCUGGGCACCCUCUCCCGCUACUUCUCCCGCCGGCGAGUCCUGGCCGUGGGGCUGGCACUGACGGGCAACGGAGCCUCCUCGCUGCUCCUGGCGCCGGCCUUGCAGCUCCUCCUGGAUACUUUCGGCUGGCGGGGGGCCCUGCUCCUCCUGGGCGCCAUCACCCUCCACCUCGCCCCCUGCGGCGCCCUGCUGCGACCCCUGCACCUGCCCGGGGACCCUCCCGCCCCGCCCCGCGGGCUCCUCGCUGCCCUCGGCCUGGGUCUCUUCGCGCGCUCAGCCUUCUUAGUUUUUGCUCUGGGCACAGCCCUGGUGGGGGGCGGGUACUUCGUCCCCUAAGUGCAUCUGGCCCCUCACGCUUUAGACCGGGGCCUGGCGGGGUACAGGGCCGCGCUGGUGGUGGCCGUGGCCGCGGUGGGGGAUGCGGGCGCCCGGCUGGUCUGCGGGUGGGUGGCGGACCAGGGCUGGGUGCCCCUCCCGCGGCUGCUGGCGGUGUUCGGGGCUCUGACGGGGCUGGGGCUGCUGGCCGUGGGGCUGGUGCCGGUGGUCGGGAGCGAGGAGGCCUGGGGGGGCUCCCUGCUGGCCGCGGCCGGGGCCUACGGGCUGAGCGCAGGCAGCUACGCCCCGCUGGUGUUCGGAGUGCUCCCCGGGCUGGUGGGCAUCGGAGGUGUGGUACAGGCCACGGGGCUGGUGAUGCUGCUGAUGAGCCUCGGGGGGCUUCUGGGCCCUCCGCUGUCAGGCUUCCUCAGGGAUGAGACCGGAGACUUCACGGCCUCCUUCCUCGUGUGUGGCUCCUUUGUCCUCUCAGGCAGCUCCAUCUACCUGGGGCUGCCUGGGGCGCUGCCCUCCUGCAGUCCGGCCUCACCUCCAGCCACCCCUCCCCCUGAGAGGGGGGAGCUGCUCCCAGCUCCUCCGGGGGCCCUGCUGUCCCCAGGAGGCCCGCAUGCCACUGCCGACACCUCCUGUUGACCAUUUUCUUUUGGUGUGAGCCCCUCCCUCAAUAAAAAAUUUCCAAUGUGUC